AUGGUAAGCCUCCUGAAAAACACGUAGGAACUGUGCGACCGCCCCCUUACAGCUGGCCAGAUAGACUGACAACCAGCAAAUAGAGCACACCGAAAUUUACCCAACAGGAAAAUAAUUUCGAGGUCAGGCCGAUAUCAAAGUUCUUCAAUUUCCAUGAAGGACAUAUUAUACAUGCCCCCGAAAACUACCAAACUGCAAAAUACAAUUUUUAUAUUGUACAUAUCGUUAUUUUUUGAAAAAUUUGAUAUUAUUUUCCCUUCGAACAGAGGUUUUUUAACUUAAAACAAACUCUCAAUUCGCGCUCUUUUGGCUAACCAGACACCCAAAACAAAUGAAGUCCAAGUGCAGUUGAAAUUGACGAGAUUCUUUUAAGUUUUUUUCCUGAGUUCAAAGGGAACUGACAGUGCCCAAGGGACGCUACAAUAAACCUAUUCUAUUCUAAACCCAGUUUAUUUCAGGAAGGUUAAAAUCCCCAGUGAUUAUUUUAACAUCGAAAGCAGCUUCCGAAAUUAAUUUAAAGAUUUCACAGAGUUGUGAAUCAUCACUGGCUAAAAAAUUUGGGGGAUUGUAGAUACAGCCAAUAAUUACCUUUCUUUGCAGCGAGAGAAUAACACAUGCAAAACAGAAAUUUCCCGUGAAUGAGGAAACAACCAAGUAAUAGGGAUUGUGCUUAAGUAGGCUUUAAGAUAAAGAAAACAACCGCCCCCAUGCCAAGUCGUGCGGUCUUGACGGUAAAAAUCGAAGUCAUCUAUGAGAAGGGCAGAGUCAGGAAUUAGAGAAUGGGUCCAAGAUUCUGUUACACAUAUAAUAUCAGGCGUCAUUUCGAGAGCAAUGGCUCUGAUUUGGGCCAUCUUGUUUAUAACAGACUGGCAUUCAAUAAUAUAAUAUCUAAUGUGUUUCGAACAGCAAUGCUAUUGUCGACGGUAUUUUAAAAAAUUUGGAGGCGGAUAUGUAAGCUGUGAAUUAAUGAUACUUGGAGAAUAGGUACCAGUUAGUCUAGAGUUAUUGACGUACGGGAAGUGAGCAAGAGAAGGUUGAGCAUGAGACCUACAGGAUGUGGGGAUAUAGUUUUCGAACAUUGGAAUGCUAGGGUAGUUAAAUUGUGUAGGAAGAGGAGGAGGAGGAGGAGGAGGAGGAGGAUGAGGAGGAGGAGGGAGCAUAGAGUGAAAGCAUAGGCUAGUGGGGGAUGGUAGGCAGCUAUAAUAAUAAACGGGUGGGAAACCAGGUCUAGGUUGGAAGUCAAAGGAGGUAGGGGUGUCAGCGGUGGGUUCAUGUGAUGGUCGUGGUGGUCGCUCACUUGCUUGCAGUUGAGACUGCGCCUAGCGUUCACUUGCUGGCACUCAACUCUCACCUGUGGCUCCACGUAGCUGGGCUCCGUGUACAGUUGUUUAUAACGUACUUAUAUGUAAUUAAUGGAGUGUAGGGGUGUCGUCUUCGCCAUUCGGAAUGACAUCGUGGGACGACUGUGUCGAAGGCGGACAAGUUGAUUGACCUUGGUGACUUCAACGCCCGCGUCGGCACAGACCAUACUGCCUGGAGAGGAGUGCUGGGUCCCCACGGUCUCCGCGGCUCAAACGACAAUGGUCUGCUGCUUCUCCGCACCUGCGCAGAACACCGCCUCAUCCUGACGAACACGUUCUUCUGUCUGCCGGAGCGAGAGAAGGCCACCUGGAGGCAUCCUCGGUCGCGUCAGUGGCACCUGCUGGACUAUGUCCUCGUCCGGACGCGAGAUCAGGGGGACUUACUGGCGACAAAGGCGAUCGCGGGCUCUGACGGGUGGACAGACCAUCGCCUCGUCAUCUCGAAGAUGCGUAUUCGCCUACAGCCUCGCAGGAGACCACAAGGUAAGCAACCCCCAGGUAAGCUGAAUGUUGCCUUGUUGUCUUUGCCCGCUCACCAUCUCCAUUUCAGCAAUGAGCUAGCUCAACGGCUAGACAACCUCCCCAUCGCCGAUGCCGCCGCUGCCGAAAACGCCUCCGUGGAGAACCGCUGGUGUCAACUGCGAGACACGGUCCAAUCGACGGCGCUCGCCGUCCUCGGUCGCGCUCCCCGCCAACACCAGGAAUGGUUCGACGACAACGACGCCGCCAUCAGAAAUCUGCUUGCUGAGAAGAACCGCCUACACAAAGCCUACAUAGAUCACCCCACUGAUGCCACCAAAGCUGCCUUCUACCGCAGUCGCCGCCAACUGUAG